CAGUCCACUUUAGACUCCUCCCCUUUCUUCGGAGCUGGAUCGCCCGCUGACCAGCUAUAAAACCCGGAGACGAUUGGCUUCAUAUCCAAGCAGUUUUCAUCAGACAAACAAGCCGACGACACACAAUGAGAACCUUCGUGAUUUUAGCUUUGGCCGUCUGCGCCGUGUCUGCUCUACCUCAAGGUGGCAGGGUUGUCGAAGAGGUUGUUGAGGCCGAAGCCAAGACCACCACGACGCCAGUGCCCAUCAUCAAGCAGAUCAACAAAGUGAACGACGAUGGCUCGUACACGUUCGGUUACGAGGCUGGUGAUGGCUCUUUCCGCAUUGAAAAGAAAGAACUCAACGGUCACGUUAAAGGAAAGUACGGCUACAUCGCUCAGGAUGGAACUCUCCAAGUCCUCGAAUACGAGACUGGCAAAUCUGCUGACAACAAGACACUCGGCUUCCAGACAUCCGGAGGUUUGAACCCGUUCCCCAUCGUCAUCGGAGAAAGUUCUCCACAACAGAAAAUCAAAGAUAGAGAAUACUCGAGCGUUGAUGAGAACGAGGACGGUAUUCCCGAUGACCAAGAAGGCCGCGCCCGUCGCCCAGUGCCUGCUGCCCAGCAACCUUUCUUCAUCCCGAAUGAAGCCAGUGCAUCCGCCGCUGCCUCUACUCGCGUCGUGAGGAAAUCGCCUUCCCUGGUCCGCUACGCUUAAAAAAAAAAAAAAAGAAAAAAAAAUAUAUAGAAAUAGUGUUAGACUUGGUGAUGUCCACCAUAGUCUUUUAUAUAAUAUUCUGUAACCAUAUUUCCCCCCCUCCCCGCCCCCACUUUUUUUUUUACCUGCGCCAACAGUUUGACUUUACCCUUUGUUUUUUAUUUUCUUCUGAAUAAAAAAAAAGGAUCUUUGUCGUUA